GGCGGUAGUCUAGGCUACUGUGACGCCCGAGGAACCGCGGGUGGCGAGUUUUCUUAACCGGGUUGGCGGUUUUAUCUUUGCUUACGUCGGUGUGAUGUUCAAAGCUUCAAGUUCGCUAUGCCCAAUGCCUCUCCCGAUCCUCUCUACACCCUACGAGGUCACAGUGGCGCGGUUAAUACUGCCGAGUUUGUUGACACGACGUUAUUCACUGGCUCGUCGGACGGAGAGAUCUUCAGUUGGGACCUCGAGACAUUCAGGAGAAGGCAUACUUUGGAGGGACACCAGGGAAAGAGCAUCCUAUGGAUCGGCCACGCCGACGAGACGUUGAUCACGCAGGGCCGCGACGGAACCGUAUGCACAUGGAGGAGAGAUGGAGACAAGUGGAAGAUAUCGGCUACGCUGCUGACCAAUGCCAAGGGAUUCUGCCAAUGCAGUAACUCGUCGACACUGAUUGCCACUCCGUUUGAGCAAGACUGGAAGAUUUCCCUUUGGGAUCUCCAAAGCCAGGCAGUGAUCACGUCAACUCCAAAGCCACCUCAGAGCCCCGGCAUGGCCAUGUGCACAAAGCUUUGUGCCGACGGAUCGGUCAUUCUCGUUGGCUAUGAAAACGGAAGCCUGGUCUCUUUCGACGCCCGCUGCGGAAAACAAGUUGCCACUGCGACGCCGUUCGCCGAACCCGUGAUGUGCGUCGACUUUGACGACGUACACUGCAAGAAGGGAAUCUGCGGGUCGGUCACCAAGGAACUGUGCGUGUUCGAGAACCUGCAGGAACUUUCCGAGCGGAGGAGAGUGGCGGUGGUGAACGAUGGCUUCUGUUCUGUGGGCGUGCGGCCAGACGGAAAGAUUGUCGCCUCAGGCGGGUGGGAUGGGAGGGUGAGGGUCUUUGGCUGGAAGUCUCUGAAGCCGUUGGCAGUGCUGGACUUUCACAAAGAGUCAGUACAAUUUGUGAGGUUUUCCGGGGCAAAUCUGUGUGGGAAGGGUAUGCUUCUUGCAAGUUGUAGCAAGGACAAGACGGUGAGCUUAUGGUCGCUGUAUAGCUGAUCAUUGAAGGAAUUACCGGUUGUUUUAUGAGGUCACCACCACACGUUUCAGUGGGGUUCGUAACUACACGAGGGCAGGACAUAGCAUUGUUGUGCAACUCUUUCAAUGUUUGUGAUGCGAGCAUUGUAGAUGCUACUUUUUGAUCUAAAUAAUUAAGUCUGAUGCAGAUCAUCUCUUUACAAGCCAAAAAAAAUACACAAAUGUUCACCUU